CCGAACUCCAAGGCCUUGUUUAGGUUAGACAUUUUCACAUUUCCAUAUAAAGAGGCCUCUCUCAACAUUCUAAACCGUCCAAGAAUAUCCAUCAUUUUCUGCUGUAAGCAUCUGAUAAUCAACAGAGGAAGAAAGAUUAAGAGAAGCAUAUUCGGGGCUGCGAUUGCAUCUCGAAGACAAUGGAGGGAGGAAAGCCAUUGAUCUUGAUGGCUAUCCUUGUGGUUAUGGUCUCGCUGGGGGCGUCCAUGGUCCAAGGGGCGACGAACAACAUGAAGACUUCUGACCCCAAUUCGACGAAGUACGUGAUGUUACAUAAGUCAUCUUCUGGCCGGGAACGAGCGCUUUGCGUGGCGUUCGGCAAGUGUCAUCUCAAGAAGCUCACUUGCCCUGCUCAGUGCCCGGAGAGGAAGCCCAAGAAGAACAAGAAGCAGAAGGGUUGCUUCAUCGACUGCAGCAGCAGCAACUGUGAAGCCACUUGCAAAUAUAGAAAGCCCAACUGCAAGGGAUAUGGCUCUCUCUGUUACGACCCUCGGUUCGUGGGCGGCGAUGGUGUAAUGUUCUACUUCCACGGGGCAACCGGAGGGAACUUUGCGCUCGUCUCCGAUGACAAUCUCCACAUCAAUGCCCACUUCAUCGGGACCCGCCCUGAGGGACGGACACGCGACUUCACGUGGGUCCAAGCCCUCGCGGUCAUUUUUGACAACCACACCCUCGUCGUCAAAGCGAAGAGAGUCUCGCGCUGGGACGACAAUGUAGAUGCUCUCAACGUGAUUUGGGACAACGAGGCGGUCCAAGUCCCCACCGACGGAGAGGCCGAGUGGAGGCAUGAAGACUUGGACAGGACCGUGAUAGUCGAAAGGACCGAUGAUACUAACUCUGUGAGGGUGACAGUGAGCGGAUUGCUCGAAAUGGACGUGAGGGUAAGGCCGAUUGGCGAAAAAGAGAACCAGGUUCACAACUAUCAAAUACCGAAGGACGAUGCGUUCGCUCACUUGGAGACACAGUUCAGGUUUUCUAAUCUGUCAGACCUUGUUGAAGGAGUUCUGGGCAAGACUUACAGGCCAAACUAUGUGAGCCCUGUGAAGGUCGGCGUUCCGAUGCCGAUGAUGGGUGGCGAGGACAAGUACCAAACACCAUCUCUGUUGUCACCUCUCUGCAAAGUUUGCCGGUUCAAGGGGCCAACUGGGUAUGCUAGUGUUGCGGGUGUCGCUCAGUACUAACCAUGCUGAUAACAAAAAAAUUGUUCCUUUUCUCUCUCAUUUUAAUCAAAGAAGACAUCUGUGUUUGCAUCUGUUUUGUGGGGUCUUCUGCUUUGUACUUGAAUGAUCUGUGCGUCUACAAAAUAAGGGACAAAUUGGCCCAUGAUGUCGUGUUCUACUAAGCAAUUUCUCAGAAAGAAAGUGCCUGAGCCUCUUUAUACGUCCCUUCGUAACGUAAACGAAGCAUUCUCAGUUGGUCUGUUCUGCAAGUC